GGGGCCCAGCUUCCUGAAGGGAGGAUGGGCUAAGGCAGGCACACAGUGCGGGAGAAGAUGCCCUCUUGGGCCCUCUUCAUGGUCACCUCCUGCCUCCUCUUGGUCCCUCCAAACCAGGCACAAGUCACCAACCAAGAUGUCUUCUUGCUGGCCUUGGGCACAGAGCCCCUGAACUGCUUCUCCCAAACAUUUGAGGACCUCACUUGCUUCUGGGAUGAGGAAGAGGCAGCACCCAGUGGGACAUACCAGCUGCUGUAUGCCUACCAAGGAGAGAAGGCCCGUGCGUGUCCCCUGCAUUCCCAGAGGGUGCCCACCUUUGGAACCCGAUACGUGUGCCGGUUUCCAGCCCAGGAUGAAGUACGCCUCUUCUUUCCGCUGCACCUCUGGCUGAAGAAUGUGGUCCUCAACCAAACUUUGACCCAGCGGGAGCUCUUUGUGGACAGUGUAGGCCUGCCAGCUCCCCCCAGUAUCAUCAAGGCCAGGGGUGGGAGCCAACCAGGGGAACUUCAGAUCCACUGGAAGGCCCCUGCUCCUGAAAUCAGUGAUUUCCUGAGGCAUGAACUCCGCUAUGGCCCCGCAGACCCCAGCAACUCCACUGGCCCCUCGGUCAUGCAGCUGCUCUCCACAGAAACCUGCUGCCCCACUUUGUGGAUGCUGAACCCAGUUCCUGCUCAUGACCGACCUCCGUGUGUUCGGCCUACAGUGCCCCAACAGCACGGACCCAUGAGGACCUCCCCAACAGGAGAAGUUCCAUCUCUGACAGUGAAGGGUGGAAGCUGCCUCAUCUCAGGGCUCCAGCCUGGCAAAUCCUACUGGCUCCAACUACGCAGUCAACCAGAUGGGGUCUCCCUUCGUGGCUCCUGGGGUCCCUGGUCCCUUCCUGUGACUGUGGACCUUCCAGGAGAUGCAGUGGCAAUUGGGCUUCAGUGUUUUACCUUGGAUCUAAAGAAGGUGAUCUGCCAGUGGCAGCACCGGGACCACGCUCGCUCCCAGGGCUUCUUCCACCACAGCAGGACACGGUGCUGCCCCACGGCCAGAGAUCCCACCUGGGAGAAAUGUGAAGCAGAAGAAGAGAAAACAGAGCCAGGAUCACAGUCUGCUCUAUUCUCCCGCUGCCACUUCAAGCCACAAAAUGACAGUGUUAUUCACAUCCUUGUAGAGGUGACCACAGCCCAAGGUGACAUUCACAGCUACCUGGGCUCACCUUUCUGGAUCCACCAGGCUGUGCUCCUCCCCACCCCGAGCCUGCACUGGAGAGAGGUCGCCAGCGGGAGGCUGGAGUUGGAGUGGCAGCACCAGUCAUCCUGGGCAGCUCAAGAGACCUGCUACCAGCUCCGCUACACGGGAGAAGGCCACGAGGACUGGAAGGUGCUGGAGCCGUCCCUCGGGGCUCGGGGAGGGACCCUGGAGUUGCGUCCCCGAACUCGCUACAGCUUACAGCUGCGCGCCAGGCUCAACGGCCCCACCUACCAAGGCCCCUGGAGCGCCUGGUCUCCCCCAGCUAGGGUGGACACUGGCUCCGAGACCGCUUGGAUCUCCUUGGUGACUGCUCUGCUCCUGGUGCUGUGCCUCAGUGUUCUCCUGGGCCUGGGGCUGCUGAAGUGGCAGUUUCCUGCGCACUACAGAAGACUGAGGCAUGCUGUGUGGCCCUCCCUUCCAGACCUACAUCGGGUCCUAGGCCAGUACCUUAGAGACACUGCAGCCCUAAGUCCUCCUAAGACCACGGUUCCCGACACCUGUGAAGAAGUGGAGCCCAGCCUUCUGGAAAUCCUCCCUAAGUCCUCAGAGAGGACUCCUUUGCCCUUGUGCUCCUCCCAGCCCCAGAUGGACUACCGAGGGCUGCAACCUUGCCUGCGGACCACACCCCUGUCUGUGUGUCCACCCGCGGCUGAGCCGGGAGCCUGCUGCACUACCCACAUUGCCAACCACUCCUACCUACCACUCAGCUAUUGGCAGCAACCCUGACAGCAGUCCCCUUGCUACCACAGACCUAGGGCUCCCACAUACCACCUUAUCCAUCCUUACCACCACCACCAUCCAUUCUGUUUACCCAUCUCCUUGGGCUUUGUAACACUGAUGUCGCCAUCCUGCUGCUGACAAAUUCAGAGCCCUUUCCCCAUAGCCACUAUUAGGCUAAUCUCCACUAGGCUCCUCUGACUUCUCUUGAGACAGGGGUUUAGUACAUACCCUGAUGGCCUAUAAGUAGCUAUAUAGAAAAGGCUGGCCCCGAACUCACAGAGACUUGCCUGCUGGCACUGAAGUUUCCAUGCCCUGUAAUUCCUCUUGGAUGGGAAAGUCUCUACUCCCCCACCUCCCUUUAGAGUGAGUUCCCCUACCACCAUGCUGCUAAUGAAACUGUGCAGGCCAAGUCCACUUCAAGCCUUUUAAUGAUGCGAUCCAAGAGGGUCUUGUUAAUCAUUUAUUUAUUUGCUCUCUCGGCAUUUCCCUCCACCAUGGCUCUGCACCUGCCUCUCUGAGCAUACCAGCACUAGAACCAACUCUGGAGCUAGAGCCAGGUUCCAAGCCUGUCUUUCACACCUGCUAGCUGUACAAACUUGGGCAAAGAGCAGAAAGCCCUUCAGCCUUUCCCUGUCAUCUACAGAGCGUGGACAAUAGCAGAACUCCACAGAGCUGCAGAAACAACUGAGGACACAUUGGCAAAGAUAUAUUAAACACUCAACAUACUUCGACUAGAGCCCUAAUGAUUUCUUCUCUAUCUUUAUUAUAUUAUGACCAUUGGAAGUUCCGGUCACCAGCCCAGAUUUCUACUAUAGUGCCCAUGAUGCUCUAUGUGACUUUUUACAUGUGUGUUUCUUGCUACUGGAUAGUGAGCCAUGAGGGCAAGGAUUUGUCCUUUCCCCCAGCACCUUGAAUACUAUUUGGGGCAUGAUAGGUAAUAGACCUUCAAUAAAUAUUGUCUAAAUUAAUGAAA